AUGUGCCGGCCACACGUACGCCAUUGUACACCCAACGACCGGGCAAGAAACCGCCGAGAUCGCCAUCGGGACAUUUUUGUAAAAGCGCCAUUUUUCGGCAACGAUUUCAAUUCUUUUCAAACAUUUUUGCUCCAAAAAAAUUAAAAUGCCGACGACAAAAACGGUUAAUUCGGUACGGUAAACGUUCGUUUUACUGCCGUCCACCGACCAUGCGGGCCGUACACGCGGUGUUGGCCGCCCUCACGUUGGCCUGCUGUCCGCCCGCCCUGCCGGUCCGGGCCGUUUGCUUGCACACUUCCCGCGACGUACAGGCCCAGACUCGGGCCACCGAAGUGGUGGGCAAAGUGUUGGCCAUGAGCGUGUGGCCCGAGCCCGGCGGCCUGGCCGGCGGACACUUUGCCGUGAUGGCCGUUUACAAGGGCGCCAAGACGCUGAAACAAAUGUUGCACAUCAGCGGCACCGACCUGUUCAACAUAAGCGACAAACGAGUAAACGUGACCGGAUUUCGAAACGACAACUCGGGUGACGGACAUCGAGCUUGUGGCGCCAGUUUAACGGUAGGCACGUACUUUGUGUUAUUUGCGGACGUGGCGGACGGCCGUUUGGUCGCCAAAGAAGGGCAAGGGGCGCUGGUCGAGUGGACCGACGACAACGAGAGAUCCGUUUGGCGUGGACUAGGUUGGGGCGAUUGGAGUGAUUGGUCUGCAUGCAACGUUUCGUGCAACACCGGCUUACAGUUCAGACAGAGGCGAUGCCUGAAAUGCGGACAGGGGCACAACAAGGAAUUAAGAAAGUGCAACGACUUCCCGUGCAACGGCGCCAUGGAGCUCGUAGCGCCAGGAGACAACGUGCGCACUGUCGGUGGCAAUCUCGAAGGUCUCCACAGAGGGUUGAGCCUACCAAGUAGAACAAGUUUUCCUGACACGUUUUCUCUAAUAGUUAGCCUCAGAGUACUGCCCAAAGUUGAUUUUGGCACAGUGUUCCAUUUGUCUUCGACGGCUGGUCCAACCAAGACCGUCAUACUCGAAGUCAGUGGGCCAGAUCUACUACGAGUGUCGGUCAACACUCAACAAUCCAACAGGUCGGUGCUGAUCGCCGCAGUUCUAGCCGAUGGUGUUACUCAUCAGCUGGGUUUGGGUUUUCAAGACGAUGAGGUUAUUGCAUAUAUGGAUUGUCGAUGGGUGACUACCGAGACGUUGAUGGAAAAUUCAUUUGCCCCUUCGCCUGAGUACGACACGGACGUUUUUGAAGAAUCGCUAACGGCUGAUCUGAUACAACUAAUUGUCGUACCAGACUCAACGGCGGUUUCUGAUCAGUGUACGGUAUUCAGGAUAGCAGAACUGGACUCGGAGCUCAUCAAACCCAAAAUAAGAGACAAAUCUCAUCGUGGCGGCAACGAUUUGGGCAACGAUGAAGUCCAAUCGAAAAGACUAUCAAAACAUUUCAAACUCGUGUGAUCUGAAGCGAGGAAUUCUACAGUCAACCAUUAAGUAUAACAAAGCUGUCGUGUGCGACUUUCAUGAUGUCUAAGUAUAAUCAUUUUUGUAAACGCAAUCCAUAAAUUUUAUCUACACUCGUGUGUACCUACUUGGAUACAUACAUAUAUAUAAUAAUUAAUCAUAACAAGAACUGUACAUGAAAAUAAUUAUUAUUUUGAUUUUUUCGCUGUAUAAGAUAUUUUGUACAUAAUAACGAACAAACUGCUGUUUGUGAAUGAAAUUCACGUCCAAUCUAAACUGGUCUUAUCUCGAUUUACGUUUGUGCUAUAAUGUAAUAACUGUAAUUAUAAAAAAAAUUGAGAAUAAUCUCAAAACGGUUAUUGCAUCUAUUUAUUUCCGCACUUGAUAUUUCACAAUACGGACCAAAAAAAUAAAACCAAAUAAUCUCAUAUAUUAUUUUUUUUAUUGUAUUUAACAUUAAACAAUCGUUGGUAAUUAUGCAAAAGUAAUCCGAUAUCGCUUCAAAAGAAAUAAUCCAUUAGCAUUCAAAGGUCAAUAUAUACAUGGACACAACAAUCAACCUGUUGUUUAAAAGCUUAUCCGACGUUAUGUAAUUGACAGCCUAUAAAUGCUGCUAGUGCUCAUACUCAAUUUAUUAACAAUAAUUUAUACUAUAAUAUUAUAUUGUAUUGUCAAAAACCCUUGAGUACUUUUUACGCUCUGUAUAUUAUCUUAUUAUGUAUAUUAUAAUAUUGUAUAAACACUAUUUGGUUUAGCCGAAACUCGCCGCUCGACAAGGUAUACAGAUUUAAAUUCAAAAACGAUUAUGUUACAUACUAUUUUUAAUGAUUAUUAUUAAAUUUAUCACUCAAGUAGUUGACUAAACCACCGGUAUAAAAAGCGAAACUUCAUAAAUAUUAUAAUAUUGUAAAGUGUAUUAUGUAUUUACUAUUGUUGUUAACUUCCUAGGCAUAGCACUGCAACGGUAUGACAUAAUUAUUAUUGUGUAGAAUAUAAAUAGCGUUUUUUAUUUUAGAAAUGUCAUUUUAAUUUCCCUUUAAUUUAUUGUGUACAUAAUAUAAUACCUAAUUAAUAAAAUAUGUAAACCAUGUUGA